GGUGGGGUGAGCUCAGAGACGGUGAGGUGGGGGCUCCCCGCUCAGGAAAGGCUUUCUAGAACACGAAACUCAGGUGGUACCUAAAGGGGAGGGACCAUACCAGCACCCAGCAGAGGAAUCACAGACAGAGACCGAGGACAGGGAGGGAAGAUGUCUAAGGCCACCCACCUCCUGGAAGACAAGCUCAGACCUCAAGAACAGAGCGCCAGCCCUCCCUCAGAGAGAAGCCUCCGCUUGAUUUUACAGAGUUGAUCUGCAGGAAGGUGCUGGGCUCUCGUGACGAACUGUGCACACUGAAGUACUGCUAGAAGUCACAUGGAGUAAGCAGGGCACAGGAAUGGAUCCUCAGAGGGAAAGUGCAGCCUGGGAGUCGGAAGCCCGGGAGGUGGAGACUUGGUUCCCUGACACAGGGGAGCUUUGUGCCCUAAGCAAGGACUGGCCAGUGCUCCUCCAUCUCUCCAUCCUCCCACGUUCCGGGAUCAUGCGCGGCCUCCUCUUUUGCACUCUGCUCAUUACUGGACUAGCACAGCUCUGCUGCAGGACGCAGGACACUGUGUCACCAGACCCAACCCCUGGAGGAGGGGCUGGAGAAGCAUCACAAGUGCGUCACCGUAAACAAGUUUGUCACUGGCCCUGCAAAUGUCCUGCUCGGAAGCCCAGUUGUCCUCCUGGGGUGAGCUUGGUGAGGGAUGGCUGCGGAUGCUGCAAAAUCUGCGCCAAGCAACGAGGAGACGUGUGUAACGAAGCCGACCUCUGUGACCCCCACAAAGGGUUGUACUGUGACUACUCAGCCGAUGCGCCUAGGUACGAGACGGGAGUGUGUGCAUAUCUUGUGGCUGUUGGAUGUGAGUUCAACAGGGUCCAUUAUCAGAAUGGUCAGGUAUUUCAGCCGCAUCCACUGUUCAGUUGCCUCUGUGUGGGUGGUGCGAUUGGAUGCACACCCCUCUUCAUACCCAGGCUGGCUGGCGGCAACUGUUCUGCAGCUGAAGAUGUAAGGAGAUCUGGUACAACCAACUGUAGCCCGGGACCACUGCAACAGGGGCGCUCGGCAGGCUACAGAGCAGUGCCAGCUUACAGGAACCUUCCACUUACUUGGAAAAAAAAAUGCCUUGUGCAAGCAACAGAGUGGACUCCCUGCUCCAGAACAUGUGGAAUGGGGAUUUCUAACAGGGUAACCAAUGAAAACAGCAACUGUGAAAUGAGAAGAGAGAAGAGGCUAUGCUAUAUUCAACCCUGCAACAGUAAUAUAUCAAAGGCCGUGAAGAUCCCCAGAGGAAAAACCUGUCAACCCACUUUCCAGCUCUCCAAAGCUGAAAAGUUUGUCUUUUCUGGAUGCUCAAGUACGCAGAGUUACAGACCCACUUUCUGUGGGCUGUGCCUGGACAAGAGAUGCUGUGUCCCCAACAAGUCUAAAAUGAUUACGGUCCAGUUUGACUGCCCCAGUGAAGGGUCAUUUCAGUGGCGGAUGCUCUGGGUCACAUCCUGUGUGUGUCAGAGAGACUGCAGAGAACCAGGAGAUAUAUUUUCUGAGCUCAGGAUUCUAUAGAGCCAAA